AUGCCCUCCUGGCCCAACCUCUCGGAGUGCUUCUCCCACAACUGCAGCUGGGAGGAGGAGAUCCUGAAUGCCACGCGGAUCGCGGACUACGGCGGCGCGCCUCCUCUCAACUACUACUCCAUCCCCCUCCUCACCGGCAUCACCAUCGCCUGCACCAUGCUGUUCCCCGUCGGCGUGGCCGGGAACGUCAUGACCAUCCUGGUGGUCGGCAAGUACCGGGACAUGCGCACCACCACCAACCUGUACCUGUGCAGCAUGGCCGUGUCGGACCUGCUCAUCUUCCUCUGCAUGCCCCUCGACCUCUACCGGAUGUGGCGCUACAGGCCGUGGCGGUUCGGCGCCGUGCUCUGCAAGCUCUUUCAGUUUGUGUCGGAGUCCUCCACCUACUCCACCAUCCUGAGCAUCACGGCGCUGUCGGUGGAGCGCUACCUGGCCAUCUGCUUCCCGCUGCGCGCCAAGGCGCUGGUCACCAAGCGGCGGGUGCGCGCCCUCAUCCUCAUCCUGUGGACGGUGUCGCUGUUCAGCGCCGGGCCCGUGUUCGUCAUGGUGGGCGUGGAGCGGGACGGCGCGCCGCCCGACGACGUCGUCGUCGUCGUCUCGGCGCCCAACGGGACUCGGGACUCGGCGUCCGCGGAGGCCGGGGACACGCGGGAGUGCACCAUGACGCACUACGCCGUGGAGUCGGGCCUCAUGGGCGCCAUGGUGUGGCUGAACUCGGUGUUCUUCUUCAUGCCCGUGUUCUGCCUCACGGUGCUCUACAGCCUCAUCGGGCGCCGGCUGUGGAGGCGGGACCACCGGGAGACGAGCAUCAGCUGCCGCCUGGCGCACCGGGACCGGAGCAACCGGCAGACCAUCAAGAUGCUCGUGGUGGUGGUCCUGGCCUUCGUCCUGUGCUGGUUGCCGUUCCACGUGGGUCGCUACGUCCACUUCCGGUCCCUGGACGCUCCGUCCCCGCUGCUGUCGGUUCUGUCUGAGUACUGCAACCUGGUGUCCGUGGUUCUGUUCUACCUGAGCGCCGCCAUCAACCCGGUGCUCUACAACACCAUGUCCUGGAAGUACCGCGGCGCGGCGGCGCGCCUCUUCGGCCUGGCCGACGGCCAGCGGCCGCGAGGCCGCACGGCGAGCAGCGUGAAGGGAGACGGCUCCAACUGGACGGGCUCCACGGUCAGCUUCUAG